AUGAAAGAAUAUUACUGCCAGAGAGCCUCUGUGCCAGGAACCCUCCUGAUUACCGAACCUAAUCUCAUAUCAAAGAGAACUGUUGGUUUGCGUAAUGCACCAGGACUUUUUACACGCGAACAGACAGCUGCUUGGAAAACGAUUGUCGAAGAAGUCCACAUGAGAGCAAGUUAUAUCUUUGCUCAACUAUGCGUACUGAAACACGAAAUACUGGGAAAGGAGGCGACCAUCAUCAGAGGCCCUAGUACCAUCUCUUUGGACACAGAUCUCCCUACGACAAAGGCUAUGACUAUUGAAGAAAUCAAGGAUACUGUACAAGAUUUCGUACGGGCUGCGAAGAAUGCAGCCGAAGCAGGCUUUGACGGCGUGGAGCUUCUUGGUGCAACUGGCGAUCUCAUCGACGCUUUUACUCAGGAAGAUACUAAUCAGCGUGACGACGAGUACGGUGGUAGCGUUGAGAAUCGGUCUCGAUUUCUUCAUGAGGUUAUGAAAGCUGUGGCCCAUGCAAUUGGGAUCAAGCGUCUUGGACUUUGCCUGAGCUCAAGGAGCACUUCCCAGGACGUCAGACUAAAGGAAAGAGCUGCUCUCCAAUUUACAGACGUUAUAAAAAGAGCAGAUGAUUUGAAGAUUGCUUACAUUCACUUGACUGAGCCACAUAUCGCAGAGUGGAAUGGCAUUCGAGAUAAUGAAUGGUUGGAUUUUGCGUGCACCGCUUUCAGAGGACCGAUUCUUGUACAAGGUGGUUAUAACCCAAAACUAGCCAGAAAACUUGUUGAUGAACGCCAUCCAGACAAAAAUAUUGGGGUAAUGUUUGGGAGGUAUUUCACGUCAAACCCGGAUCUUGUUUUCAGGAUACAGCAUGAUCUGGAGUUCACUCCUUAUAGCCAACAGGACUUACUCGCCACCAAAUCAUUCAAAGGAUAUACCGAUUACGCAUUCAGUAGGGAGUAUCUUGGAAGUCUAAACAUGUUGACUCAGUUGCUCUGUUGA